GAGUGACUAUGCUUUUGCUUUCAUCGGUCUCGGUCUUUACAAACGCACUUCAAAGGGCUUUAUGCUAUGGUCGAUUAAUUGGAGGUGUUGUAUUAUUUUAUUUUGUUCAGUGAAAUAUCUAUCCGCAGUAUUAUAACUAAACGUGAAUAUAGAAUGGUGCCUGUCGAACGUUUUCAGUCUUGAAUGAGCUUUUUGUGAUAAAUAAAACAAGUUAUGGCUAGUGUUUUAAACAGUGUCAGGACGAAGUAAUGUUAAUUUACUCCCCAUGUCACCGGGUUCCACCUAUGUACCUGGCACUCGAAGAAUUGAGGUGUCGGUAGAAUGGUGAGGUGAGAGAGGCGCGAUGGUGCUGUGUGUGGUAGCUGCGCUGCUGGUCGCUGGAGCCUCCUCGCUGCACGCUCUCGACAUAUCUCAAUGUAUCGCGCCGCUCGGCAUGGAGAGCGGGUUGAUUCCCGACAGGGAUAUCAGCGCUAGCUCCUGUUACAACGACGGCAAUGUGGCCCCGCAGAAUGGAAGGCUAAAUCAGGAUAUAAAAGGUGGUGCCUGGUGUCCGAGGUCGCAAAUCACUACUGAGUCCACGGAAUGGUUAGAAAUCGACCUACAUUCGGUGCAUGUGAUCACCGGGACCGGCACUCAGGGCCGGUUCGGAAACGGCCAGGGCCAGGAGUAUGCAGAGGCGUAUGUCAUCGAGUAUUGGCGGCCCAAACUCGGCAAGUGGGUGCGGUACAGGACUGGCGACGGGCAAGAGAUCCUGCAGGGCAACACGAACACUUACUUGGAGAAGAAGAACCACCUUGAGCCGCCGAUCUGGGCUUCGAAGAUACGCUUCAUACCGUACAGUUCCCAUCGACGGACUGUAUGCAUGAGGGUCGAACUAUACGGAUGUUAUUGGAGCGUGGGAAUCGUGGCGUACUCAAUGCCGAAAGGUGACAAGCGGAGUAACGGGAUUGAGCUCACCGACAUGGUGUACGAUGGCCAAUGGGGGGAGGAGCUGCGCGGAGGACUCGGCCAGCUGGUGGACGGCAAGUUCGGCGGCGAUGAGAUCCGCGAAGCCGCCAAGAACUCAGCGUGGGUCGGCUGGAGGAACGACUCGCGGCCGAACACACCCGUCCUCACCUUCGAGUUCGACAAAGUACGAGAGUUCAGCGCAGUCCACUUGUACUGCAAUAAUAAAUUCAUGCGCGAUGUACAGGUGUUCUCCGAGGCCAUAAUAUCGUUUUCGAUCGGCGGCCGUCACUUCCAAGACGAGCCGAUUCGCUACACGUAUGUAGAGGACAAUAUCUUCGAGAACUCGCGCAAUGUGAGCAUCAAGCUACACCAUCGGAUUGGCAAGUGGGUGCGAAUCGAACUGAGGUUCUCCGCGAGGUGGAUUCUUAUUAGCGAAGUCGUUUUUGACUCAGACGUAGCCCAAGGAAACUAUACCCCCGAGAGUCAGAAGCCAGCCUCAGGCAAAGACAAGAAGACGACGACCCUUACAAAAGAGGUGCCCAUAUCAACUGCGCAUCAAGAAGAUCCAUUAUACGUGGCCAUAGUAGUCGGAGUACUUACUGCCCUAGUCAUACUACUCGCAGUGGCCAUUUUCCUCAUAGUCCAUAGACACAGGCACCGGAAAUGCUUCGCCUCACCACUAGCCAAGUCUACGGUGUCCCAAAAACGGACCAUGGACAACUACAGUGGGUGUGGAACCUCCAUGCUGCCGGAAAACAAAAUGAUCAUAGACUGCGGUUUAGAUGUUAAGUCAGAUGAGUACCAGGAGCCAUAUCAGGCGCUCAAGUGUGCUCCGUAUUUUAGCUAUAGCACUGUACUGUUGGAAAUGAAAGACUUUGUUAAGGAUUCUAACACAGCACUGUCAGACAGCUCAAACUAUGACUACGCUGUGCCCGAGCUUAGUUCAGCGCCGCUGCUAACUAAACGUCGUUUGGACUCGUUGUCUGAGCGAGCGACUGACCUCGUCGAAGAUAAACUGGACUUGGACACGAGAAGGUCCGGAGCAGGGUCCAUUCGGUCCAAGCAUAGCACUAGAUCACCAAGCCAGCAAGAAGUGUUCAUAGAUCUAAAGAGACGCCUCGAGACGACCAACGUGAUAGAGUUCCCGAGGCAUAGACUGAGAAUGAUCUCCAAGUUGGCUGAAGGUGCAUUUGGCACAGUGUACGUGGCUGAAGCGGACGGCGUUCCCGAGUACAACGGCACGAUAACGUCAGAGAAACGGCUAGUGGCCGUCAAGUUCCUCUGUCACGACGCCACUGUUAAGGAGAGGUAUAUCAUGGAGGAGUUCGAGCGCGACGUGCGGAUCCUGGCGGCUUUGUCUUCCCCUCACUUGGCUCGCGUGCUCGGCGCGUGUCGGUCGCCUCCACUCGCCGUAGUGCUCGAGUACCUAGAACUGGGCGAUCUAUGUGCCUUCCUAAGGACCACAGUACCGCCCGCACCGCACAUGCUUCUACAUCUAGCCACGCAGAUCGCAGCUGGAAUGCAGUAUUUGGAAUCGCUGAAUUUCGUGCAUAGGGAUUUAGCUGCCAGAAAUUGCCUAAUAGGGAAGAAUUACCAAGUGAAAAUCAGCGACUUCGGCACUGACAAUGAGGCGUAUGCUUGCGACUACUACAAAGUUGAUGGUCGAAUACCUUUGCCGUUGCGAUGGGCCGCCUGGGAGUCAGUCCUGAGGGCCAAGUAUACCACCAAGAGCGAUGUCUGGGCCUUCGGAGUCACUCUGCAUGAGAUCUUCACGCUCUGUAGACGCAGGCCCUAUGAACAUCUGACUGAUAAUGAGGUACUAGAAAACUUAUCGCACCUGCAAGCUGAUGACGGCAUAUUCGAGUGUAUAGAACGUUCGGCGAACUGUCCUCGCGAUAUUUACGACUUGAUGCGCGAGUGCUGGCGACGCGAUGACCUCGAGCGCCCUCCCUUCGCGGAGAUCCACAUGUUUCUUCAACGCAAGGCGAGCUAUAUUGCCACGUGAUGCAGGCGAACUCCGUGCUACAGCACGACGUACUAGCGACGAGGUCGGGGCAACUGCAAUGAACUCGAAACACGGUUUUAAACAGAGAUCACUUUCCUUUACUGUAGGUAACUCUCCCGGUUCCUAGUGGCAGGUUUUUGACGUUUGCUCAAUGAGGCCGCCCGCCCAUUAUAUUUUGUGGGAGAUAAAUAGAAUACCCUGAUAUCUAACGCAGCGGACGCGUCAAGUCGGUCAGAAAAUCCUAAACGACGUCCGACACAAUACCGGUCCGAUUCUGUUUCACAAAGUCUGACAUGGGCGGGCAGCAGAUGCUUAUAACAAAAAUCUACCAUUCAUUCGUACUCCGAAUCUUUGUUAUAGGAACUGGGCAAAAGAUGGUAAUACACGUAUUAAAAAUCUUAGCUUCUAUGUGACUUCUUCAAAAAUCGUGACAUUUAAAUUAAAAUACAUUCACGUAUUUUAAUUCACAUCGUGGACAAUACCAAUUACACUUUUUUCGAUAAAUGUGUAUGAAGAUUGCAAACUUGAAACAAGAAAUUUAAUAAGUGUAAUACUGUCCUAAGGCGUUUUGCAGAUGGAGCAACUGGUAACUAGCUGUUACACAUAUCUCAAUAAGUUCUGUCGGUGGACAAUUUUAAAGUCGCCGCAAUUGUUGGUUAUAUUUUAAUAGCCACAUAAAUAUCAACUAUCGAAUUUCUCUAAAAGUUUGUUGCUCCAACUUAAGUUUCUCCGUCAGUAAAGGGCCUUCAUAUAUCUUUUAAUAUUAUCUAUUAGACUUUGAAGUAGGAAUGAGUAAUAACUUUCGACAAUACUGAAACAAAGAGAUCUCUGUACCGUUCGUGGAACUUAGCUUUUGCCCCGAUAGGCCGCCAUUUGUGAUCGCGAUGGUCCCGAGUGCUUCUGGCUGGCGCGUUUGGUUUUUGUACUUAAUAGAAUUCUUGUUAGGCUUCACACGUCCGAUCGGCUUCAUGCACGGCUUUGACGAAUGCUCCCGUUUGUUACUGUAGAUGGGCCGCGCCACCCAGAAGCACACAGCUACGCCGUCACUUUAGCAUAAUCAGUUCAUCGUGACAGCUCAUGGACUUACCGGUGAUACUCACACCGGUCAAUAGAUUAUAGAUUUUAUCUGUACUGCAUAACUUUACGAGUGAGCUACGUUUAAUAGACAUAAGCGACCGAUCUUCCUUCACUUCCUCUUGUACAAUUUGUGUGAUUCCGCCUCUUACUCCAAACUAUGCGGUAUUCAUGUUUACAUAUUUUUUUAUUUAUAUAGCACUGUUUGCUUGUAAUACUCUCAGGAGCAAUAUUAGUCAGAAGUGACAUGCUCCCGCAUAGAUAAACACAUGUUACGUAAAUAGUGGAACCCUGAAAGGUAGAGUUACCAAAUUUAAUAGUCAUUUAUUUUCUUACUACACAUUUCAUUAUUAUCAAUAAUCUAGGGCAUAAUUAUAAUAAUAGUAAGUUGUUAGUUAUAGUUGCAUCAGAAUCGAAAAAAUAAAUUCUAUUAGAAAUAAUUAAAUUUAUAGCUGUUGAGAAUUGUCUAUUUUCCGUAGUUUGCUGUGUUGAAGUUAGACGAGCAGUUGUUCUGACAAUACACGUUGCGUUUAGAUACAUGCGACGACUCCACCGAAACUAUGAGAUUCGUUUUAUAUUAUACACUCUAUUUAUUCUCAUUUUACUUUUUAUAUCUUUAUUUUAUUUAUUAGAAUUACUUCUUGUAAAUCAUAUUGUUAUACAACAUUAUCAUAGGUGAAAAAUGACUAUGUAUUUUAUUUGUAGAAGUCUUGUAUUUUUAUAGACUUGUUGUCUCAUGCGUGUAUCGGAACGUAAGCUUUAUAGUGUUAUCACUAGCUCUUACGUUCACCUCUCGUGGACCCAAUCGGCUUAAUGUUUUGAGCCUAAUUAAAUAAGCACUUAUUAGAUGUAAGCGACCGAUAUUUAGUUUGCAACUUAGUCAAGUUUGAAUCACUACUGAUCGCAGCGCAGAGGACACUCAAUGUUGUCAUUAUUUAGAAAACUAUAAAUAUUAUAAAAAAAAGUUACAGAUUUUAUUCAUAUAUAAUUUUACUUACGGAAAGCAAUUAACGAAUGUACUUAGAAUAUUUAAUUUAUUUGUAACUGUACGUCCUAGCCUAGACUGUUAUUCAGAUGAUUUUGUACCUAAUACAAACGACACAACGAUUUGUUGCCAGAUACUUAUUUUAUUUUGUAUUUUAUGUGUGAUUACACAUAUUGGUCAGGUUUAUUUAUUAAACUAUAUUUGUCUUUUUAGGCUGUUGUACUUGGCAUAAUAGUGUUAGAUAUAUCGAGAUGAUUGACAUGAAAACUUCUUAUUGAGUUUUAUACAUACACGCAUAGAAUACUUACCUACCUAAGGAGAUAUUUUAUUAUUAUAAACCAUCUUAUUAUAAAACGUGGUUUUAAGAGGUACCCGCUUUAGUAAUAGCUUUAGCUUUAGUCCUUUUGUUCGGGACGUUGGUUUAAAGGUGGUACUUUUUUUAAUCCACGUUUUGUAACAAGGUGGAAAGAUUAUUUAAGUGAAGAUAAUUUGAAGGUGAUGUUUGCAAGUGUUUAUGGAGAACAUUGGAAGAUAUUCGCCUUGUUAGUUGUUUGCACAGUUGUGUGAGUGACCUCCGCGACUGCGACUGUGACGUACACAGAACCAAUGUUAACUAGGCUAAUCGAACACAUAGAGGUCUAAUUAAUUUCUAAGUAGGACAACUAUUACGCUGUAAGGAUACGUUUACUUUCGAUCUGGCCUUAAUUUGUUCGUUAAUUACUAUUGUCUAGCUGAUAGUAUAGAUGAGAGAAAGAGUAGUUUUGUAACGAAGUCUCAUUCCCUCAUGCUAAUGUAUCGUUAGUUAGUAAUGUUAGGCACUAAUAAUAAUAAUGUACAAUAAAACACCCUCUCUGCCUUAGUGAUGCUAUUCUUACCCUAAUGCUAUGAACGAAAUAUCAAGUUAGAACGAAAUUAUAAUGUAUCUUGUAAAUACGAAUUCUUAUGGCUGAUGUAAUAUAUCGAGCACUAUGGAAAACUUAAAUUCCUAACAAUGGUCCAAACUUCACUCGCUUUUUUAUUUGUACUAUACGAUUAUACAAUUUCUAUAUAGAUAAAGAAAUAAUGAUAAAAAUUAGUCUAGAAAUACAACUUAUGCUUUAAUUUUAUUUUAUAGAUGUAUAACAUGUAUUUGUCGAAAUGCUUAAUUUUCAUAAUCAAAGUUUUAUGAAAAAGGUUGAUACCAAAUGCAGUAUUUUUAUUUUAUACUCUACAUCUUUGUACCCAAAUAAAAGCAAUAAUCUAA